CUCCAGGUUCUAGCCACGUUGUGCGCGGCCCAGCCAUGUCCCUUGUUGGGCCUGCAAGAGUCCAAGUCCUUCGGGUGCUGUGGGCACUGAUGGUGGUGCUGUGGACUCCGUGGAGGCUGUGGGCAGUCCAGGAAAUCCAAGAUUGCACCUGGGAGGUUGUCCUGAACGAGUUUGAUAGAAUAGGUGCAAAUGGCGUGAGCGACCGGUUCUUUGUUCAAGAGCCUGUGGAUACAGUGGACCAAGUGAUCCAAAUGCUGGUGGACUCACCCAUUGAUCAGCUCGAGAAAUACCUGGGCUUUCCUUACUACCUGAAGAUCAACUACUCCUGCAAGGGACAGCCCUCCGAGGACCUGGUACGCAAGGGCUACCUGACAGGGCUCAAGCCCUUGGUGCUGGUCACCUUCCAGUCCCCAGUCAACUUCUAUCGCUGGAAGAUAGAGCAGCUGCAGAUCCAGAUGGAGGGAGCCCCUUUUCGCAGCAAAGAGCCAUGCGUGGCAGAGGAGCUGUGUGUCAUGAACUGGUACACACCCAUGCCCAUCAAGAAUGGCAGUGUGGUCAUGAAAGUGCACAUCCACAGCAAUGGCCUGGGGCCCUUCAUUCCAGAAAAAAGGUUCCAAAUGAAUAUCAAUGGCUUCCUGAAGAGAAAGAGAUACAACACCAUCGAAUUCCUUGUGGGAGAUGAGAUCUCCGACGUGAGUCCCAGGGCGUUUGUGAACGUCCCAUCCAGGCCUCUGUGGUACACUGUGGACGUGUCACCAGUGCUUAUCCUAGGUGGCAUUCCCAAUGAGAAGCGCGUCCUGAUGACUGACACUAGCUUCAAGGACUUUUCUGUCGUGGAGUUGAGCAUUGACAGUUGCUGGGUAGGCUCCUUCUACUGCCCCCAUUCUGGCUUCUCAGCCACCAUCUACGACGCCAUCGCCACUGAGGCUACCCUCUUCAUUCGGCAGAACCAGCUUGUCUACUAUUUUACAGGCACCUAUCCCAUACUCCACGAGAGCAAUCGAGGCAGCGGCAGCUGGGUUCGUGUCCUGGCCUCUGAAUGCAUCAAGAAAUUGUGCCCCGUGUAUUUCCAUAGCAAUGGCACUGAGUAUGUACUGGCCCUUACCACUGGCAAGAACGAGGGUUAUCUCCACUUUGGGACCAUCAGAGAUGGCAGUGUGUCCUUUGAAAUGCUGCCCAGGGAAAGGUCCGUGUGCGAACACAUUGGAGUUGACAGUUGCUCCAUAACCUGGGCGGAAUACCUCGCAGAUGACUAUUACCUACUGCUUCUGGUGGAGAGUAAACACAAUACUGCUGGGACUUACUUCCAGGUGGUCGGCUACAGCACAAAGAAAAAUAAUAAUGAUGCACUGACACAGCUGUACAGAAUCCCAGAAUUCAUCCCUGAUGCUCGUGGCUUGGAGUUCCUGAUGAUCCUAGGGACAGAGUCUUACACCAGCACUCCAAUGAUACCCAAGGGCAUGUUCUUUAACCCGUACAACAACCUGCUGUUCAUCUGGGGCAACUUCCUCCUGCAGAGCUCUAACAAGAAGAACUACAUUUACCUUGCAGACUUCCCUAUGGAACUGUCCAUCAAAUACCUGGUGAGAUCAUUCCAUGGAGACAUGGCUAUUGUCACAGAGACUGAGGAGAUCUGGUACCUCCUGGAAGGCAGCUACAAGGUGUACAAACUGUUCCCUUCCAAGGGAUGGGGGAUCCAUACCAGCCUCCAGGCGAUGCACCAGUCCUCUUUCUACUCACACAAUGAGACCAUGGUGACCCUCUUCUAUGAAGACAAUGAACUGUAUCAGCUGGCAUACCUCAUCAAUAACCAGGAGGGCAAGCUGGUCAAGAGGCUUCUGCCUGUGGAGAAGCUUCUGAUGUACCAGAUACACUCCCAGUAUGACAUGGAGCGGCAGGGGAGCCACUUGACGCUGUCCUUCACCAACCCCUGCCCCUUCACGGCGAUGCACCUGCAGAGACUGCCAGGGCCGCAGAGAUACACACGCCAGGAGCGCUACCGGGCGCGGCCGCCACAAGUCUUAUACGCCACCGGCUUCCACACCGAGAACUCGCUAGCUGUCUACCAGGGCCUCGUCUACUACCUGCUCUGGCUGCACUCCAAGUACGACAAGCCGUAUGCGGACCCGGUGCACGACCCCACCUGGCGCUGGUGGAAGAACAAGAAACAGGACCAAGAUUACUAUUUCUACCUGGCGAGCAACUGGCGGAGCGCGGGUAGCGUGCACAUCGAUAUGGACAGCUAUGAAAAGAUCUACAAUCUCGAGCCCGAGUCCAGGCUUCCCGAGCGCAUUUUCCUGGACAAGGGCACUCAAUACGGCUUCUCUAUCUUCCUGACCGCGCGCGGCUACUCGUUCCAGACGCGGGCUGUUCUGGGUGCUGCCAACCAACUGCAGAGCAAGGUGGACGUGAGCGUGGUGCUGGCUGACCCCCACUGCAUGGAGGCCGUGGUGAAACAGGAGGUCCUUGUUAAUCGCCAGUCGGUGCUAUUCUCGAUUACACUCAAGGAUAAAAAGGUUUGCUAUGAGCAGGGCAUUAGUGGACAUCAUCUCAUGAAGUCUUCCAUGAUGAUCACUGUUCUGGGUUCUUCCGGGCACUGCUUCCAGAACACGCAGGAGGGAGCCAGUAUGCAAGGCAACCUGAUGGUGCCUGUGUUUAUUGGCUGUCCCCCAAGCAAGCGCCUGGCCUUUGACAUCACCUACACGCUGAAGUACAACCGUCUGCAGAACAAACAUUACUUUGACUGUUUACAGACCGACGCCGAGAUGCCUUGCUUUCUCUUCCGUGACACUUUCUAUCCCUUCUUCUUGAUUCAAGAUUUAGUGACGGGAGACUCUGGCAGUUUUCAGGGCAGCUUUGUGCUGAAGGUGGUGGGCGGAGGGCCCACAUUAGGCAGCAUCCGGGACUACACCGAGGAGGAAAUCUACCGCUUCAACAGCCCGUUGGACAGGACUCACAGCCUCAUAUGGACCACCAGUUCCAAAAUAACCACCAGAGACUUGGCCUUUCACAUCAUGUCCCAUCAGAGCUCGGGCAUCAAGUGGCUGUGUGAGGAGAACUCUCCAUGCUAUGACACCAUUCCCAAGAGCAUCGUCGCCCCUGACUACUUCUUCAAGGUGUUGGUGAGCAAUAGAGGUGUGGACAACAGCACAUACUGCAACUACAAGCUCAUCUUCUUGCUGCACAUCCAUGGGCUCCCGCUCAGUGCUGAACGGGCCUUCUUUAUCGUCAUGGUGUCAGCCAGCAUAUUUUUGGGCCUGGUGAUCUUGUACAUCAUCAUCUGCCUCCUGUGGCCCGUCAUGGUGAGGAGCUGCAACAUGCUCCGCUGGAAGAUCAACAACAUCAUCGCCUCAGACUCCUACUACACCUAUGGCUCUUCCAGGGUCUCAAGCCUACAGUCUCAGGGUUCCAAGCACAACUCCAAAGACUUAGAGAAAAAGGAUGAGCCUAAGGAAACUGGGAAGGAGUAAUUGACCUGAGCCUCUUGCCUGCCUCAGGUCCUGCCUACCCUCACACCUUCCCUGCCAGGCCCAUGUUGGAAAUGCAGCCUGUCACCAAGCCCAGGCCUUUCUUCCUGUUUUGUUUGAAUGUCCCCUUCUCAUUCAGACUCAAAUAAAGCCUCAUUUCAGGACCAGCUAUGGGUUCUCACAAGGGAUCACAUUUAGUUGGUUUGUAUGAGCACAGCUGCAUAGA